AUGGAAUCUUUCCAAGAGUCUAAGAAAAAUUCGGCUGACAUAGUAGAAGAAUAUCGAAAAAUGUUCGCCGACAUACAAAAGACUCCAACAUCAGAUGAAAAUAUUCAGCAUAGAAUGGAAGAACUGAAAGAAAAUGUACGCAAAUACAACAAUCCUUUUUACUUACGACCAUAUAACGUUCAAUCUUUGGCUGAACUCGGUGAAAAUAAAAGGUUAAAUUUCAACAAAACAUAUAGAAAUGAAACAUUGUUUAAAGUUCAUUCAGAACCUAACCAAUAUGGAAACAAACCUACUUUUGUUUCUGCAGACUAUGGAACUACAAUGAGAUGGGGUCAUAAAGCUAAUCCGGAUAGGUGGUUCAUAAACUUACAACCACAAUUCCAAGAAGUUGUAGACGCAAUGGAAGUGAAUGGUGAACCAGAUAUAGCUGGUAUUUUCAGCGCGGCUUUAAUGCCAUUGAAAGAUAUGAAACAUGCAGAUAUUUUGAACCAGUAUGAAAUGAACAUGGCUGAUGGAAAUAUAACACCUGACGUUCUAGAACAUUUAUCUCAAAGAACUACACAGAACCAUAGAGAUGGUAUAUUUGGUGAAGAGUUUAGAAAGAAAGUUAGGGAGAGAGAAGGAAGAGAACCUAUUGUACAUGACCUUGCAAACGAAAGUUUACAAAAUGUCAUAAAAACUUACUUUGCAGACAAUGAACCGAGAAGGGAUGAAUAUUUAAGAAAACUCAAAUGGACAGUACCAAAUGAAAUGUUAGUAUUGAAAAACAUGUUCCUUGACAAAAUAAAACCAACUACAGAAAUAAAUGACGCAAGACUGAAACAUUGGGUAAAAGCUUUCCCAUUCACAAAAGAUAUU